UGUAGAGUGGUAGUUUUGUAUCAUAUCGUUCUUCCCUAUUAUCUCAGUUGCUAUAGAAAGAGAGAGAGAGUGAAAAAUGGGAAAAGGUUUCAAGUUCCGGGUAUCCCAAGUAAUCCCCACCUUCCAUUCCUGCCGUUCAAAAGACCCUUCUACUCUCCCAACCAAUCCUGUCCCUUCAUUCCUCCACCACUCUUCCACUUCCACCACCACUAAAUUAAACAUCACUACUCCUUUACCCCAUCGUUUCUCUCUAAAGCGCCACGUGUCUUCAUGCGGUUGUUUAAGAUCACGCGCUUCCCCUGAGGUCUCCCACACCAAAAUAAAUCCACACCAUAAUUACGACUCUACCCCUCCUCGUCGUAAGAUUUACAAUUCCGCUGCUUCAGACACCGACCUCGAAAACGACGUCGUCUUCCUCCCUCCUCCACCGACAAAGUCACGAGCUAGGAAAAGUCGUCGACGUCAGAGAAGAUUAAGCUUCCAGAAGGUUCGAAAUAGUACUUCUUCUGACAGCGGCUUAUUCAGCGAAGAGGAGAGAGAAACACUCGUCUCCACCGACUCUGCAGCUAGCUCAAUGAGUCAGCGCCACCGUCGCCACAUCAUCAAGUCAAAGGAGAGAGAAAACAACAACAAAACAAGAAUAUCGUUCGACUCCGGAAACACAUCGCCGGCGAGAUUAUCGGCGUUUAUGAGAAAAAUGGCCCCGUGUAGAGCGGUGGCGGACGGAAAAGUGCGAGAGAGUUUCGCAGUGGUAAAAAGAUCGGAAGAUCCGUACGAUGAUUUCAGGAAAUCAAUGGUGGAAAUGGUGGUGGAGAAGAAGAUGUUCGAGGAGAGAGAAUUAGAAGAGUUGUUACGUUGUUUUCUCUCUCUUAAUUCUAAACAUCACCAUGAAACCAUUGUUAGAGCUUUUACUCAGAUUUGGGAGACCUUAUUUUCUCAGUCACCGUCACCAGAAUACUAAUAAAGCAAUCCAAACAAGCCCUGAAGUUAAGGGUCAGGACUCAGGCCAAUUAAUGAUCAAAUCUAUAAGAUAGAAGUCAACAAGUCAAACGAUGGUCAAACUUCCACGAGUAUCGACAGCAAAAUAACAAGGCAAUAAGCAAUUACUUACCAACCAGUUAUGUUCUUUUAGACAUAUUUUUAGUUCAGUUCAAUCCUACUUGUAUCAGUUUAGUUCAAUUUAGCUAUUAAUCUCUUAUAAAAUUACAGUUUUAUUUUAGUUUAA